GAGAGAAAAAGAGAGAGCGAGCGAGCGAGAGAGAGAGAGAGAGAGAGAGAGAGCGAGAGAGAUAGCAAAGCAGCUCCAGACUUCCUCAUCUCGUUCACGUCAGAGGCAGGAACCGACUGUGCUAAAGCUGUUGGCUCAACACGCAGAGACUGACAGGAGCCCAGAGAGAGGGAGAAAGGAGGGGUCCUUCCUGACCCAAGGAAUUACCACUAGUGGAGUAAAGCCGCCUGACUUUUUGAUCUUAUUUUGGUUGUCUCUUCUUUCUCCUUCCACUCGUAGCCCUGCUGUGGAGCCUCCUCUCUUCGUCUCAGAAAAGGUGGAAGGGAAAAGAAGGGAGAGAGGUGGGCUCUUAGGUGAGAGCAUCAGCUGGGUCCAGCCCUAAGAGAUAAGAAUUCUCCUCGCAGGAAGCUCCUCUUUCUCCUGGCAGCUCACCCCCAGCCCGGGUAUCCAUAUCAUCCUAACUCCACAGAGGACAGAUCCUUUUGAAGUUAGGGUUAAAGAACGUGUGGUUAAGAGAAAACAUCGGAAACACCAUCAGGAAAGGUUCUUUCCACUCCAUGCUGCACACUGCAAGCUGCUCCUGAACUGAGCCCAAGCAGACAGGAGAGGAUGGGGAUGGUUGGGGAAACAGUGGCACUGAAGAACAUGCUCAUUGGCGUCAACCUGAUCCUGCUGGGCUCCAUGCUCAAGCCCUCGGAGUGUCAGCUGGAGGUGACCACAGAAAGGGUCCACAGACAGGCAGUGGAGGAGGAAGGAGGCAUUGGCAACUACAGCGCACCCAGCAAAGAGCAGCCCGUGGUCUUCAACCAUGUAUACAACAUUAACAUGCCCCUGGACAGCCUCUGCUCCUCCUCGGGGCUGGAGGCCUCUGCUGAGCAGGAGGUGAGUGCAGAAGACGAGGCUCUGGCAGAGUACACUGGCCAAACCUCAGACCACGAGAGCCAGGUCACCUUCACCCACAAGAUCAACCUCCCCAAAAAGGCCUGCCCAUGUGCCAGCUCAGGCCACGUGCUACGGGAGCUGCUGAGCCGGAUCGAGACGCUGGAGAGGGAGGUGUCAGUGCUGCGGGACCAGUGCACCACCAAUUGCUGCCAGGAAAGCACCGCCACAGGACAACUGGACUAUAUCCCUCACUGCAGUGGCCAUGGCAACUUCAGCCUGGAGUCCUGUGGCUGCAUCUGCAAUGAAGGCUGGUUUGGCAAGAACUGCUCAGAACCCUACUGCCCGCUGGGCUGCUCCAGCCGGGGCGUGUGCAUGGACGGUCAGUGCAUCUGCGACAGCGAAUACAGCGGGGACGACUGCUCCGAGCUCCGGUGCCCAACAGACUGCAACUCCCGGGGGCUCUGCGUGGAUGGGGAGUGUGUCUGUGAAGAGCCCUACACGGGCGAGGACUGCAGGGAGCUGAGGUGCCCUGGGGACUGCUCAGGGAAGGGGAGAUGUAUCAAUGGCACCUGUCUAUGCCAGGAAGGCUACAUUGGUGAGGACUGCGGGCAGCAGCGGUGCCUGAACGCCUGCAGUGGCCAAGGACCCUGCCAAGAGGGGUUCUGUGUCUGUGAAGAGGGCUACCAGGGCCCUGACUGCUCAGCAGUUGCCCCUCCAGAGGACUUGCGAGUGGCUGGUAUCAGCGACAGGUCCAUUGAGCUGGAAUGGGACGGGCCGAUGGCAGUGACGGAAUAUGUGAUCUCUUACCAGCCGACGGCCCUGGGGGGCCUCCGGCUCCAACAGCGGGUGCCUGGAGAUGGGAGUGGUGUCACCAUCACGGAGCUGGAGCCAGGGCUCACGUACAACAUCAGCGUCUCCGCUGUCAUUAGCAACAUCCGCAGCCUUCCCAUCACUGCCAGGGCAGCCACUCAUCUCUCCACUCCUCAAGGACUGCGAUUCAAGACCAUCACAGAAACCACGGUGGAGGUGCAGUGGGAGCCCUUCUCCUUCUCCUUCGAUGGGUGGGAGAUCAGCUUCAUUCCAAAGAACAAUGAAGGAGGAGUGAUUGCCCAGCUCCCCAGCGAUGUCACCUCCUUUAACCAGACAGGAUUAAAACCUGGGGAGGAGUACAUUGUCAAUGUGGUGGCACUAAAAGAGCAAGCACGGAGCCCCCCAACCUCAGCCAGCGUGUCCACUGUCAUAGAUGGGCCCACACAGAUCCUGGUACGAGAUGUCUCCGACACAGUGGCCUUUGUGGAGUGGACCCCUCCUCGUGCCAAAGUCGAUUUCAUUCUCCUGAAAUAUGGCCUGUUGGGUGGGGAAGGUGGGAAGACCACCUUCCGGCUGCAGCCUCCCCUGAGCCAAUACUCAGUGCAAGCCCUGCGGCCUGGCUCCCGCUAUGAGGUGUCCAUCAGUGCAGUCCGAGGGACCAAUGAGAGCGAGUCUACGACCACCCAGUUCACCACAGAGAUUGAUGCUCCCAAGAAUUUGCGAGUUGGUUCCCGCACAGCAACCAGCCUUGACCUUGAGUGGGAUAACAGUGAGGCAGAAGUGCAGGAGUACAAGGUCGUGUACAGCACCCUGGCAGGGGAGCAAUACCAUGAGAUGCUGGUCCUCAAGGGCAUCGGUCCCACCACCAGGGCCACCCUCACAGAUCUGGUACCUGGCACUGAGUACGGAGUUGGAAUAUCUGCCGUCAUGAACUCACAGCAAAGUGUGCCAGCCACCAUGAAUGCCAGGACUGAACUUGACAUCCCCCGAGACCUCAUGGUGACAGCCUCCUCGGAGACCUCCAUCUCCCUCAUCUGGACCAAGGCCAGUGGCCCCAUUGACCACUACCGGAUUACCUUUACACCGUCCUCUGGGAUUGCCUCAGAAGUCACUGUGCCAAAGGACAGGACCUCAUAUACACUGACAGAUCUAGAGCCUGGGGCAGAGUACAUCAUCUCCAUCACUGCUGAGAGGGGUCGGCAGCAGAGCUUGGAGUCCACUGUGGAUGCCUUCACAGGCUUCCGCCCUAUCUCCCAUUUGCACUUUUCUCAUGUGACGUCCUCUAGUGUCAACAUUACCUGGAGUGACCCAUCUCCCCCAGCAGACAGACUCAUUCUGAACUACAGUCCCCAGGAUGAAGAAGAAGAAAUGAUGGAGGUCUCCUUGGAUGCUACCAAGAGGCAUUUUGUCCUGAUGGGUUUACAUCCAGCCACUGAGUAUAUUGUCAACCUGGUGGCUGUCCAUGGCACAGUGACUUCUGAGCCCAUCAUGGGCUCCAUCACCACAGGAAUUGAUCCUCCCAAAGACAUCACAAUUAGCAAUGUGACCAAGGACUCAGUGAUGGUCUCCUGGAGCCCUCCUGUUGCAUCUUUUGAUUACUACCGAGUAUCAUAUCGACCCACCCAAGUGGGACGGCUGGACAGCUCAGUGGUGCCCAACACUGUGACCGAAUUCACUAUCAGCAGGCUGUACCCAGCUACUGAAUAUGAAAUCAGUCUCAACAGUGUUCGAGGCAGGGAAGAGAGUGAGCGCAUCUGCACUCUCGUGCACACAGCCAUGGAUAAUCCUGUGAAUCUGAUUGCUACCAACAUCACCCCAACACAAGCCCUGCUGCAGUGGAAGGCACCCGUGGGUGAAGUGGAGAACUAUGUCAUUGUUCUCACACACUUCACAGUUGCUGGAGAAACCAUCCUGGUUGAUGGACUUAGUGAGGAAUUCCAGCUUGUGGACCUGCUUCCCAGCACCCACUAUACUGUCACCAUGUAUGCUGCCAGUGGCCCUCUCACCAGUGGCACCAUCAGCACCAACUUUUCUACCCUCCUGGACCCUCCAGCAAACCUGACUGCCAGUGAAGUCACUAGACAGAGUGCACUGAUCUCCUGGCAGCCUCCCAGGGCAGAGAUUGAGAAUUACAUUUUGACCUACAAAUCUACCGAUGGAAGCCGCAAAGAGCUGAUUGUGGAUGCAGAGGACACCUGGAUCCGAUUGGAAGGCCUGCUGGAAAACACAGACUACACAGUGCUCCUGCAGGCAGCUCAGGAUGCUAUGCGGAGCAGCCUCAUCGCUACGGCCUUCACCACAGAGGGCCGAGUGUUCUCUCAUCCUCAAGACUGUGCCCAGCAUUUGAUGAACGGAGACACUCUGAGUGGGGUUUACACCAUCUUUCUCAAUGGGGAGCUCAGCCAGAAGUUGCAAGUGUACUGCGACAUGACCACGGAUGGGGGCGGCUGGAUUGUAUUCCAGAGGCGUCAGAAUGGCCAAACUGAUUUCUUCCGGAAAUGGGUUGACUACCGGGUUGGCUUUGGGAACCUGGAGGAUGAGUUUUGGCUAGGGCUGGACAACAUCCACAGGAUCACAGCCCGGGGCCGCUACGAGCUACGCGUGGACAUGCGGGACGGGCAGGAGGCCGCCUUCGCCCACUACGACAAGUUCUCUGUGGAAGACAGCAGAAGCCUGUACAAACUCCGCAUAGGAAGCUACAAUGGCACUGCGGGAGACUCCCUCAGCUACCACCAGGGACGCCCUUUCUCCACAGAGGACAGAGACAAUGAUGUUGCUGUUACUAACUGUGCCAUGUCAUACAAGGGCGCCUGGUGGUAUAAGAACUGCCACCGGACCAACCUGAAUGGGAAGUACGGGGAAUCCAGGCACAGCCAGGGCAUCAACUGGUACCACUGGAAAGGCCACGAGUUCUCCAUACCCUUUGUGGAAAUGAAGAUGCGGCCCUACAACCACCGUCUCUCAGCCGGGAGGAAACGGCGGGCCUUGCAGUUCUGAGCAGUGGGCAGUCGCAAGCCAAACGAUCUUUUCUGUCAUUUGUUUGUAUUUUAUAAUAUGAUACAAGGGGGGAGGGUGAUAAUAAUGUGCUUUGCAACAUAGUAACGAUAUCUGAGGAAGCAGGGCUGAGGCAGGGGUCAGCUGACUACUGUCUAGCAUAGUUUCUGCUGCUUGGAGCCUGGCCCCACGGCUGCCCUCUCCCUCCUAACCUGUCAUCCCUAACAUUCCCCUCCUUUCCCGCCAAGGAGGAAAAGUGGGACGUUCACUUAAAUGACCAAUUCAAAGACAAAUCAUGGAGUACAAUUGUUAGGGUGAUAGGUGUGCACCUCUUUUUCUAUGUUCUUCAGAUGCCUCCGCCUUCGACGUACUGGUAAUCUGGUCAUAGCCUUUGAUGAUCAGGUAGUCACAGCAGCCCAGAGAAGAAGUCUGAGCAAGACAGCCUGCCCAGCAGCGCCCCUAAGAGGGAAGAGACCAACCACACCCUGACCCAACAGCCAAGUCCUUUGGAAUGGGCCAAAGUUCUCAUUCUGACACUCUUACUUUUCCAGAGCAGUGUGGCCUCUUUUCUAGCUAUGCUCAGUCCUUCGCCUAAUUUCAUUCUACUUUAGAGCCUACAAUCUUAUCACCCCAACCACUGUUUUGAAAUCUAGUUCCUAGGAUAUUGCUCACUAUUGGCGCUGGGUUGUACAGUGGCUGCGUCUUUGUGGGUCUGAAGCCACUUCUCCCUCAGGUUGGCCACACAGGAACUUUCUUCAGGGGUUGGGGCAGGGCGGGGGGAGAUGGCUUUUGUCUGUAGCACUUUUGGGUCAAGCUCUGUGGAAAAGACAGAGAAAGCAGAAAUAAGGGCACCUGCCCUAGCGAUUAUAAGUCCCAUGGAAAACGUAGAUCUUGCCUACUUCCAUUUUUACCAUUUCUGUUCUACUUUAUUGUGGAUUAUUUUCCUGAAUUUGCAAACUGAAGGCCUUAUUUCUGUCAUCAGCCAGGCUCUCCUUGGUGUAGGUGGCUUAAUAAAAAGCAGAAGAAGAAGUUGUAUGACCAGACAGCCAUCCUCCUAUUAAUAAUCCUGGAAAGAGAUGGAAUAUUUACUUUGGGGGCUUUUUAAAACAAAUUGUUCCUGUGAGAAACAGAAAUGACCCCUUAAUGAGGUGAGAUCAUGAGAAGCCUUUCUCCAUCUUCUUUUAUUAUUUUGCUUUUGAAAGGAAAAAUGAAAAGUGCCACAGGAAAUUACAUCUAGAAACCCAAAGGUACAAAGGGGAAGACUGUGGGCAUGUCCGCCAUGUUGUGAGAUAUGCUGUCUCCGCCAGCAUAAUUUGAUUUUUAAGCCCAGGGUUCUGAAAGCCGUGACCUUUCAACUUCUCCUCCAAAUCAAAUGCCAGCUACCACCAUCCUGCAGCAACUAUCCAAAUUCAUGCCCAGGGCCCACAGCUGCCUUCUCCCUUUCUCCUCCUAUUCCCCGGGGGCCCUAUUCCAUUUCCUGCAGGGACCAUGUUAGCCAAACUGGGGCAUCCGUGCCUUGCCAACCAGUGACUAGAUAAGCCUGAGAGUUGGUAAUUUUGUAACAGAAACAUCCACCCUCUAAAAUUCUUUAAUCAUCAGGAAGGGAUACAUAAUUCCUUAGACUGAGAGUUGCACUUCUGGGGAUGUGAGGAUGCGGUCAGCCUGCCAUGUUCUACAGGCACCUCCUCUUUAUGGGUUUCCAGCAAGACCUCAUCUACCACAUACCUGGGAUCAAAAAAAGUAGGUGGUGCUUUGAUUUUUCAAUUCACAGUAGGCUUUAGAAAACUAGAAGAAAGAGGAAGAAAGAGAAACCUGUACAUUAAAUAAGACUGAGCUAGACAGUAGGACAAGCAUGAAGAGAAGGAAGCAUACUGAAUGAGGAGGAACUUUGGGGUGAGGCAAAAGGCUCACCUCUGCCCUUAUGCAGCUUUAUGACUUUGGGUAGCUUGUUCACCUCGCUUGGCCUCAGUAUCCUCGCCUGUUGGACGAGAGAUUAGAAUAGAAUAAUUUCUAAUUUCCCUUUAUUUUAACAUCAAUAAUGCUAGUUUAUGAUCUGAAAAUCUGAGUAUAUUCAUGAGAGAACUCAAUUUGGUCAUGGUGUGGAAAGAUAGAAGGAGAGAAGGAAGGAAGAAAGGAAGGAAGGAAGGAAGGGAAAGAGAAAUUGAUUCAGAAUCAGAAGUAAAACACACACACAUGCUCACACACACAUACACACCAGAAAAGAGAAUGCCAAGGAAGAGGCUAAACCGUGUCUAUAAAAGCAGUACCAGGGACCUGAGUGAGCUAGGACAGCCCACCUCAUCAGAAGAACUGAAAUGGAACGUGAUCGUAUGUCAUCAGUUCGGCUGAAAGUCAAGAGACAUCAGGGGAAACCAAAGCCUGCCUUUCACUGGAACCAUUUUACCCUACGGAACAUAUUUAUAAAGAGUAUCUGCCACAUUGCCUAGAUGCAUUUUAGAGAAUUUUAAAGCAAGAAAGGAACUUCAAAGAUCAACUCACCCAACACUCUAUAAAAAGAUUUAUAGAUUCCUUUUGUUAAGUAAAGUACUUUUCUCCUGAGGCAUUUUUUGUUGUUCUUGUGGCUGUUAGUUUUUUUAUCCUUAACCAUUUUUAGGAGACUGUUCUACUGUCUUCCCAUUCCCGAAGUCAACUUGACUCAAAGCUUCUUAACUUGACUCACCUAACUUCUUCACUGAGCUUCUUGACUAAGAAGCUGCUUCUGACUUCUUAGCUGAUGCUUGCUUAUCCUGUCCCUCCAAGCACCUGUGCUUUUCCCAAGGGAGGAUGUCAGAGAAGUGCAAGGACACCAAAGGAUCUCAUAAGGGACUCAGAAGGAAAACCAACGGACCCUGCCGUAAAGGCAGUCUAACGAAGACAUAUUAGAAUAUAUACCUACACCAAAAAAACAACAGUAGCAAAAAGAUCAAAACCAACUACCAGUGACUGCAGUAGACUCAUUGCCAGACCCAAGUAGUUCUUCCUUUUUAUGUUUCCUAUCAUAUAAGGAUUGUCAUAUUUUCCAGGGUCACUUCCGGAAGGGAAGGAGUCAGAUGUAAAGAUGCAGUAGCAGGAAUGACAGUAAGUGCUGGCCAUUAUAACAAAUGGAGAGGGGACUUACUAGAAGCGACCACAAGGUGGCGCGCAAAACACCUCCAGAGACCCAGGGGAAACACUUUGAGAACAGCUGGGCUCUCCUGGUUUCCAGGAGACCGCGUUCCAAACCAAGAAUCCGGACUGAUCUGUAUGGGAGAUGAAAACAGACUGGCAGCAAAGAGAUGAAGAGCGAAUUUCCAUGAAUAUUUAAAUCAACCCCACCCCUUGCCUACCACCAACCCAACUCCACUAUUCAUAAAUUAAUGAACACCUGACACCCUGUUCCUUCUCCAUGGGGACCAACCAGCUUCCUGUGCGCUACAAACUGCUAUUUCAAACUCAAGCUCAAAGAACCAAGGUUGCCAAUGAGUCCCAUGCCAAACCAAACAGUCCUAAACACAGUUUUUAACUUUUACUAUCUAGUCCAAGAGCAGAGCUAUAAAUUAAGGGACAAAAGGUCAUUAAAGAAUCUUUUUAAAGAUCUCUUUUGAAAGCAUCCAUUGAGAACGGGUUUAUGCGUUCCUCUCAGUCCUCUUCUCUGGAGAAAUAAAAAGGGAACCUGCGGGAACAGUGGACACACCAAGCUUAGGGGCUUGAAAAGAGAUGGCCAGUGACUGGGAUUUGUUUGCAAAUGCUCCUGCAUGGACUUGCUUCUUUCUCCUCCUUCCCCUCACCUUCUCCCUCUUUCCCUCCCUUCCUCCCUCCACCCAGAAUUUCAGGAAAUGUGAGACCACUUACACAGGCUGUGUGGUGUUUUGUUCCUUGCUUUCCCAUCACCAAACUCCUACCUGUUCAAUGUAAUUCCCUAGUUCCAUUUCUUUCCCUCCAAAGCAGAGGAAAAGGCAGGAGGGGAUCACUUUCCAACCCUAUUUGCAUCUCACUGUCUGCUCCUAAAACGUUGAUAAGGCAACUUUGAAAGAUUGAAGCUCAGUUCAAUUUCAGUAAUCCCACAAGAUGUGGGAUCAUCUGUUUUCACAUUUGCCUCAAAUUUGCUAAGGCCUCAAGAAGGGCCUAUGGUGACCUCUGAAGCCUGGGGUGGAUCUGUGAGUUGUUGAUCUGCUUUUCAUCCAGAUUCAGCAGAGCUGCAUCUCAACCCUGCCUAAUCUUCCUGGCUGUUCCCUUUCUAUGCAGGUGAUGAUGACAAAGAAGUUCUAUCCUCUGGGGUAGUGUAAGUCAUAGGGCUGGCUUCUGAGGGUGUGUAUAGCCUUUCUCUAGCUGUAUACUGCAGGGCCCUUUGCUCACAUUCCUAUAGAUCUCUGGUUAACUGCUUUCCCCAAACCUUUGCCCCUUCCUUAACCCAACCCCUUACAUAUGUGUAAAGUUGUCCUCAGUAAUACUGGAGUAUUUUGACACUACCAGGCCAAAUGAGAGCUUGCAGAUGAAACAAAAACUUCCAAAAGUAAGUAGGGAAAAAAACUCUAGUAUUUAUUUUAAUUUGUUGAUGUGGAUUCAGGUCCAGUUGGAAAAAAUGACUCUAGUUCACGCUAACUGUAUCCACCCUGGAUUUGCUUAAGCUAGUUCUGUAUUCUUCGGCUUUGAAAAACAGCUAGGAAGAAGAAUAAAAUUAAAAAUUAAACAAAAGAAGAAGCUGAUGGAUCAUCACAGAUUAAAAGGAAGCCUUCUACAAACAUCCCCACAGUAAAAAAAAGCGGAGAGCAGGUGUGAGUGGCCAUAAUAAAUGUACCAGAUUGGCUUCUUGUGUGCUGGCCUCUGGCCUCAACCAGAUCUCCUAUCCAUUUGUCCACUUCUCUGAGGAAAAAUGAAGGCACCAGAGCAGCCCUACUGCACCAAACAAGAAGCCGAGGGACUUUGUUCAACUCAUCCUGCCCGGACCACUCUUUUUCAUCACCAGCAAUCACAGCCUGAUUUGUCAUCUCCAGCAUUUCUGAUUUAUUUUUCAAGGUCACUCCUGGCCUGAAACAUGACUUCAUUGCACCUGCAGCACAUCAUUGUCCAAAUGUCCUUGGCAAAGCUCAAGAUCUUUGGACAGUGUUGCAUUUUCUCCAAAGAGGAAAUCCUCCCUCCCUCCCCAAGCUUAAUAAGGCUAUUGCAGAGCAUCCAAAUAACAUGGCUCUUGUUCCUCAGACGAACUGGGAUCCUUCUAUUAACUUAAUGAAACAGCCCCUAUUCCUGGGCUGUGAGUUGGGGUAAUGCUAAAUUCUCAGUUCAGAAACACUUAACCCUUUCUGCCUACAUUAGCUCUCUUGGGCAUUGGCACCAUGGGCAAAGGUGAGAAGGUGCAAGUCUCUUUCUCAGAGGCCCAAGACACCUAAGUAACAGCCAGGUGCAAGGCCAGCCGGUGAAUUAAUGCCCCAUGAGAAUCCUGUGCUUCCUCUAGCUGGUUUAGCAGUCCCCAGGGAAACUCUAUGUUGCUUUUUAACAUCCUGUCACUGAACACUAAUAUGCUCAACCCUGCCCCCGGGCAAACAUUGAGAACACACCUUUAAGCCAGAGGGAAUACUAGAGAUCACCUAACAGAAUUCUCUGACUUCAUACUCAGGUAAACUGAGGCCAAGAUAGGACAGACAGCUGGCCCAUGUUCACACAGCCAAUUAAUAAUGGGGGAAAGUCAGGUCUGAUAUAAGCUUUUUAAUUUGUCUUUCUUCAAGAGAAAGAUUGAGAAAAAGAGUACAAUAGUGUACCUACUAUUGACCAGAUACUAUGCUAAGGGCUUAACACAUUUUAUUAAAUCUUUACCACAACCCUGACUCAGAUUUGACAGAAAAGAGAAGGCAGGCACAGAGAGUUUCGGUUCCAUCCCCCAAAGGCACACAGCUGCUUAACGUUCAGUAUCUGUUGUUGUUGUUGUUGUUGUUGUUGUUGUUGUUUUUGUUGUUACUGGGGAUCAAACUCAGGACCUUGGGCUUGCAAGGCAGACGGCAGCACCACCGAACUAAAACCCUGGCAACACACAGCUACUUAAGAGAACCAUAGAAUCUCUUCAGCUAAUUCAAAAUCCUUUGAUUUUUCUUCUCAUGAAGCUGCCUCUAUUUAUAUUUAGUAAGCCAUGCAGGCACAUCUUGGAUUUUACUAAAAUUCCCACAAAAAGGCCUCUGAUACCACUGUCUGUCUGUCUCUCUCUCUCUCUCUCUUUAAGAAAGGGGAAAUCUUGCAUUGUUUUGGUCACAUACUUUGGGGACUCUCAGCCUCACUUUUGGAAGGAGUAAGAAACAUCCAGGCAGCUCUUUCUUUUUCUUUCUUUUAAUUUGGGAGGUAGAAGAGAGGUCCUCCACAGGCUUGGAGAAGAUGAAGACCAGGGCACAAACACAAUUUCUCCCACCUCAUUCUUUUGGGAAUGUAGGAACCUCUUUCUCUUCCAAUGUGAGUCAUGCUGCUCAAGCUGGAGCUGGCAGCAUAGGUGGGACUAGGAGGGAGAAACCUCAGAAUAAACCCGGCACAAGCACCUGGAGCAUUGAUAUACCCUAGAAUUUGGGAAGAAAAUAUUAUAUUAUGAAUGUAUUCAAAUCAGUACCCACGUUUAGCUAAUGCAGGAAACUCAUGAAUUUUUAGGUAAAAAUCAUCAGGUUGCAGACAGAUCUGGACCAGCCCCUCCCAGACUCCCAGAGAUACAAACACCAUCAAGGUACCUUACACAGGCAUAUCUGUGAUUUUUUUUUUUUUUUUUUGAGAAAUGAAGCUAGAAGACAGGAAAGAAAUGACUUUUAUUUAUCCCCGGUUUCUUUUCCCUUUUCAUAACCUGCUUCACAUUCCCAGUGGACCGGGUGGGGUGAGGGGGCCUCAGAGAAGAACUGGCCACAAUCUCAGGUCUCUUUGCCACUUUGGGGGAUGUAGAAAGAAAUCCGUACUUAGUAACUUGGUGGUUUCAAUGCCAGGCCACAAUUCCAGAAAUGAGCCUUUGUUGUUGUUGUUAAACAAUGCUUAUAUAAAGAAGAAUGGAUCUUCCCCAGAGAGAGAAAACUGCCUUUGUGGUCCCCUUCCAGGGUGGGGUUUCCUUCUCCCUUGCUUGGACAGUGGUGACAACCAUAUGUUAGAGGCAGCAGACACCAUGGUUCCGGCAAAAAUGUCACUCAACUAAACACUCCUGUACUGACCCCUUCCCACCUGUCCCCUCUGAGGCCUAGAGCCAGAUGAGGGUCUCACAAACUAAGAGUCAGAAUCUAUCUGAGUCUGUUCUUAACCCGUAGGCUCCUCCUAUCAUUACACACUUCCAGCUAUUCCAACCUCAGUCCCCUCCAGGCCCACAGGAAUUCCCAGGUACCAUACACAUGUCGUGUGACUUUAAGCCCAGGCAGCUGAAAACUCACCCUGGUGGAAUCUAAAUUGUUGUUCUGAGAACUCAUAACACCAAAUCCUCCAAUCCCUCUGAAUUUAAGUUUGUCGUUUUAACCUUUAACAACCUUUUCAGGUAAAAAAAAAAUAACAAAGACUGACUUUGUAGCUACAAUGUAUUUGAAAAAGCACUUCCCUUAAACAAAGUCUGGAAGGAAGGAAAAAGAAGAAGAAAAGGGUACAAACUCCUCAGGUGAUGCACACUUUAAUGACCUAAAAUAAAACCACACAGAGCAAGGGAGAGGGAAAACCAACCCGCCCCACCCUUUCAUGGCACUGUAGCUCAAAGACUAGAAUCUCUGCUUGUUAACCAUUGUUAACUAGUAUUUUUAGUCCUGGUUGCUUUUAGCCUCUGUAUAGUUCCUUUUUUAAACACAUUUUCUAUACGUUAAUAAAAGAUCCUGAAGGAA